GUUAUUGGAGAAAGCUAAACCUCUCCAAAAAAAAACGCUCUCGAAUUCUCUCUCAAACUCGAGCUAGGGUUCGCGAUGACGGCUGUCGCUGACGGAGCCUCAUCGGGCGCUGUUGGUGGCGGCCGAUCAUGGGCUUCACUAUUCGCGGUCUCUGAGGAUUCAAAACUGGAGUUCUAUGAGCUUGAAAUGGUAAAUGGGUCUAUUAGAAUUCCAAAGGCGGUGAUGGAAGAGGGCGCUCGUCAGUGGAAACAUAGUUUAGUUGGGCAAUUCCUGGGUGCUCCGCCAUCGCUGGCGACGAUUAGAUUCUGGGCGAACUGGUUAUGGGGUAGAGAAGGUGAAGUGUGUGUAUCUUGGCUGGAGGAUCAUCUUAUUUUGUUCAAAUUCCCGACUGAUGCGGUUUGUCAAUAGGUUUUCGAGAGAGGUCCAUGGCACUAUCGUAAUAAUCUGUUGUGCUUGCACAGCUCUUGGUUUUUUUUAGGGCCCUGUUUAUCAGGCGGGGCUUAAUCAAAUUUUUGAUAAUUACCAAAAAAAAAAAAAAAAGAAAGCUAAUUUAGUUGUUGAAAAUAAUUGGUAUCUUCUUUGGAUUUGUUUUUUUUUUUAUUCUAAUUUGUUUAGCGGAUGAUCUUUAUUUUUUUCCUCUUCUUUUGUCUUUAAAUUUUUUUUAAAUUUUGUUUUGUGAUAAAUGUGGGCAACAAAAAUCUUGAAAAAAACACGAAUCGAGUAAAUAUAAGUUUUGCGG